AUGGUUGAAAAUGAGGGCGACACUGAUAUUCGCCGCAUCAAACGAUUCACCAUGCCCUCCAGCCUCCGCCGUACAGAUAAAGCCAAAGCACACCCGGGGUCAGUCAACAUGCUGGACCGGGGCGAACUCAAGAUGCUAACGCAGAUCCUACACCUAGACAACACAGACCUGAAGAAGAUAGUGUCUAGAUCUCAAAUCGAGAGACUGAUCCAGAAUCUACCGAAGCGCCUCCGUCGACCUAGGCCUCUAUCGCUUAGUUUCAAACAAUCUCCUAGCCCACUUUGCGAUUUGCAUGCGCCUCUCAAUGUGGAGUUGAUCUCUAAUAUAUUCAUAUUCGUGCAAAUAGAGGUUACGCAGCAUUUUAUUCUGUUUGAGAGAUUCCCUGAGCUCUGUCAUCCCGUCGAAGAAGAGAUCCUGAUCCGUCUGCGGGCGUUGCGAGGCAUGUGGAUUAAACCUGGCCAGGAACCGAAGAUCUUCAUCCCCAAUGGAUGGAGCUACCAGAUUAAUGGCUGCAGAGCUUGCAUGUUGGCGCGUGUUGCGUCAGAUAUGGAAGCUGUGCGCAAUUUGCGAAUAGUGAUUCUAAGCCGGACGCGGACGCGGCGAAAGCACAGGGCCCGCACGCUCAUGGCUUUUGUUGAUGAGUGUAUCAAUCAGUUCACCAGUGAGCAGACCGAGGAGAUGUAUGCGAAGUCAAGUGAACUGGCAUAUGGAAUGAAGGCUGCUCGUAAAUCUUGCACGAGAGCCGAAUUCCAAAGACGAGGGUAUGGGAACCGUCGUGAUUCUAAGACCAAGGAUCACGGGGGGGUCUAA